AUGACGAUGACAAUGAGUAACCACCAUCCUGCAAACGAUAAGGACGGAGCCUGGCGCGAUAUAUUUCAGGCCCAUGUGUACGUGGACAAUGAGAUGGCUCGGAGCUCUUCGGAAGUAGAUGCACCUAUAUGGUGCUCAAUGAGGAUUGAUCUCCCUUUCGCCGUAUACACACGCUCGGAGCACUACAAACCUCAGGAGAUGAAGAAAGGUGCUGUUGUUUAUGCUGUUGCUUGGAAUUUGAUGGAAGCUGUAGUCAUCGUGUCAGCCAGCAACCGAGAGGAACGACUCAUGCUUUCGGUGACAUGA